AUGAGUGAAACAACACCAGAAUUAAGGCAGAGAAAAACUAAAACUCAAAUAGAGAAACCUAAAAAGAAACGUCCAUUUAUUAAUGUUGCUCCUUUGAAUACUCCAUUAUCUCAUAGAUUAGAGACCCUUGGAGUUAUUUGGCAUUGUAUUUCAAUACCCUUUUUCAUUUGCUUAUUUUUAUUUACAAUUUCUUUAGGUUGGUUAAUUUGGUUAAUUGUUAUAUUACCUUAUUUUAUAUGGUGGUAUGGUUUUGAUUUACAUACCCCAACAAAUGGUAAAGUAAGCUAUAGAGUUCGAAAUUCAAUGAAAAAUUUAAUUAUAUGGAAAUGGUUUGUAAAUUAUUUUCCAAUUCAAGUACAUAAAUCAUGUGAAUUAGAUCCAACUUUUACUAAUGUAAUGGUAGAGGAAACUGUAGAUAGUUCAGAUGAAGAAGAUUUAGUAAGUGAAAAUAGUCGUACAUUAAUUGAUAGUUUAUUUAAAAAAGUUGGUUUGAAGAAGAGAUUAAAUGAUGCAGAUACUUCUUCGGUGAAAUCAUAUAAAAAUGUAUCUGUUGGUCCAAGAUAUAUUUUUGGUUAUCAUCCACAUGGAGUUAUAUCAAUGGGUGUUGUGGGGUUAUUCGGAACAAAUGCUUUAAGAAAUGAACCUUAUGAACCACCAAUGAAAUGGUUAAAACCAUUUUUCCAUGAUCCAUCAAAAGGUGAAAGAUUAUUUCCUGGUCUUGGUAAAAUAUUUCCACUAACAUUAACUACUCAAUUUACUGUUCCAUUUUAUAGAGAUUAUUUAAUGAGUUUAGGUAUAACGAGUGCAUCAGCAAAAAAUAUUAAAAGUUUAAUAAAUAAUGGUGAUAAUUCAGUUUGUUUAGUUGUGGGAGGUGCACAAGAAUCUUUAUUAAAUGAUAUGAUUGCAAAACAUGCAAGAAUUGGGUAUGGUUAUAAAGAACGACAAGACAUUGGUAGUGAUUCGGAAGAUGAAGAUGAUGGUAAAAAAGAAGUUAAAUUAGUAUUGAAUAAACGUAAGGGAUUUGUUAAACUAGCUAUUGAAUUAGGUAAUGUAUCUUUAGUACCUACAUUUGCAUUUGGUGAAGCUGAUGUAUAUAGAUUAUCAAGACCAAAACCAGGCUCGUUGGGAUAUAAAUUUCAACAAUGGAUGAAACUGACAUUUCAAUUUACAGUGCCAUUUUUCAGUGCUAGAGGUGUAUUUAUUUAUGAUUUUGGUUUCUUACCAUUUAGAAAUCCAAUAAAUAUUUGUGUUGGUAAUCCAAUUCAUGUACCUGCUGGUGCAUUACAGGAGUAUAAAUUAAAUCAUCCAGAAGAAGAACCAGCAGAACAACCACCAAAAGUAAAACGGACAAAUUCAUUCACUGAUUUAUUUAAAUCGAAGAAAACCACCACAAAGACGAAAAUUCCACCUGAAUUAUUAGAUAAAUAUCAUAAAUUAUACGUAGAUGAGUUAAAAAGAGUUUACGAAGAGAAUAAGCAUAAAUUUGGUUAUGGAGACGUUGAAUUAAAUAUUAUUGAAUAA